UCCCUUCCCCCUUCCCUCCCUCCCUCCCCCUGGCCGGCCCGAACGCCCGGAGAGGCCCGCGGGGCGAGGGAACGAGCGGGCCCCGCAUCCCUCCUUCCCCUCCGAGCGAGUGCCGGGGGUCUCCGCAGCGCCCGUCGGCCCCGAGUGCUGCGGGCGAGCGGCGGGGGAGGCGCCAUGGCCGACCGGGCGCGGGCAGCGCUCUCCGAGUCGGGCUGGUGUCUUUCAGAUGAAGGAAUUGAAGCUUGCUUAAGUUCAUCUGAAAAAGUUAAUACAAAUGAUAUUAUCCUAGUUGCCCUUAAUACAGAUUUAAGAACGAUUGGCAAGAAAUUCCUCCCCAGUGACAUCAAUGGUGGAAAGGUGGAAAAGCUGGAAGGGCCAUGUGUCCUGCAAAUACAGAAAAUUCGCAAUGUUGCUGCACCAAAGGAUAAUGAAGAAUCUCAGGCUGCUCCCAGAAUGUUACGUUUACAGAUGACUGAUGGACACACAAGCUGCACAGCUAUAGAAUACAGUAGCAUGUCAAAAAUAAGCCUGAACACUCCACCUGGAACAAAAAUUAAGCUUUCAGGAAUUGUUGAAGUCAGAAAUGGAUUCUUGCUGUUGGAUGACAGUAACACAGCAGUUCUUGGUGGUGAAGUGGAGCAUCUUAUAGAGAAGUGGGAAUUACAAAGGAGUUUGGCAAAACACAAUAGGAGUAACAUUGGAACAGAAGGUGGCCCUCCUCCUUUUGUACCUUUUGGGCAGAAAUGUGCGUCUCAUGUGCAAGUGGAUAGCAGAGAUCUUGAUCGCAGAAAGACUCUGCAAAUGACAAAUACUGUAAAACCUGUUGCAGACAAUGAUGAAUUUGAAAAGCAGAGAACAGCUGCUAUUGCAGAAGUAGCAAAGAGCAAAGAGACCAAGACAUUUGGAGGAGGUGGUGGUAGUAGCAGAAGCAAUCUCAAUGUGAGCGCUGGAGGGAAUCGAAACAGGGAACUGUUCCAGAAAGAGAAGAUAGCAAAACCAGAGGGGAAGAACGAAGGUGUCUACCGAGAACUGGUUGAUGAAAAGGCUCUAAAACAUAUAACAGAGAUGGGUUUUAGCAAAGAAGCAGCAAGACAGGCACUUAUGGAUAACAGUAACAACCUAGAGGCAGCAUUAAAUUUUCUUCUGAACAACAGUAAACAGAAACCCAUUCAGGGACCACCACCUAGAGGUAAAGGGAAGGGCCGAGGCCGAAUAAGACCUGAAGAUGAAGAAGAGCUAGGAAAUGCCAGACCAUCUGCACCAAGCACACUGUUUGAUUUCUUGGAGUCCAAAAUGGGUACUCUAACAGUAGAGGAACCAAAAUUGCAAUUUCAGCCAACACAUCAAGUACAGCACAAAGUUAUGAAUGCAGAACAGAAUGGCAUCAAAGAGAAUCAUUCAAGACACGUUUCUCGCAAUGACAUGAGACAACCAAGGAAUGAGAAACCCCCUCGUUUUCAAAAGGAUUUUCAGAAUUCAAGGCAGGCUUUGGAAAGUGGUGGGUUACCAAGAAACAGAGGUCCUGAGAGGCACAGCUCCUUAGAACACUGGACAGAUGAAAAAAAUAAAAGUGACAGACAUUAUCCUAGAAAUGAUAGGUCAAAGGAUUUGGGUUAUCCCAUAACCACUCACCAGAGUGAUAUUACUUUCAAAAAAAGGGAUAACAACAUGCAAAACAGAGUAGGAAAAGGAGUGUCUUUCUCAGAAUUCAAGGAAAAUUCUGCUGCUCAAGAUGUGACAGACAACAAUAACCAGAAACGUGGUAAAAGGGAAAACCAAACACACAAUUCUGAAAAUUUUUGUGAUAGGAAGGCACGAACAAUAAAUAGUGAAUCCUUUAUGGUAAAACGUGAGCAACAUUUUGGUGUCAAUAAUGAUUACCAAAAUCCCAGUAGGACUGAUAAUUUUAGUGCUGUUCCAAAUGGAGAUACUGAGCAUCAUCAGAAAGGAAGACGAGUAGGACCUAUCAAAUCGUCAGGAUCCACUGCGAUCCCAUCUUUUGAUGAUAAAAUGUUGUAUUACAACACCGGUCCCAAAAGGAGAACUGGGCCCAUCAAACCAGAGAAAAUACUGGAACCAUCGAGUCACAUGGAGUAUGGAAAAAGUUGGAGACCAGGGGAUCAAUGUUUUGCUCUUUAUUGGGAAGACAACAAGUUCUACCGGGCAGAAAUUGAAGCUCUCCAUUCUUCUGGGACAACUGCAGUUGUUAAAUUCAGUGAUUAUGGAAAUUAUGAAGAGGUUCUUCUCAGCAACAUCAGGCCUGUUCAUGCAGACACAUGGGAUGUUUUUCCCUUAAUAAAUUAUGAAAAUGUACAGUCUAAGUGUUUAUCUUGUGACAUUUUCCCCCAAAGCCAAGAGGAGGAAGAAGAAACGUAUGAGCAAACUCUAGAAUUCCGCAGAGGAGGUGAUGGUCAGCCACGGCGGUCCACACGACCCACUCAACAAUUUUAUCAACCCCCCCGAGCUAGAAACUGAUUAAUAAGAAAAGAAAGUUUUUUUUCAUUUAGAAACCUACUUGGAGUCGAGGGGAAUUCACUGGCAGCUCCCAACUUGCUGAACACUUCUUCUAGAAGAAAUUCUGGGGUUUUCCAAGCAGCAGGAUGGAACAAAGAAAGCUCGUGUGAGCAGAAGAAAUUUGGACCUGACACCACAAAAGACUUUUUUAAAGUUCUUAGUUAAAUGAAGCUGAAUACUUUUUACAUAUGAAAGAGGCAAAUUGUCAUCAAUAAAACCACAGUGCACUAUUCUA